AUGCCACCUCCCGCCCAAGUCGCCAACCUCGAAAUCAAGCCGCCUGCUGUUGGUCACAAUGGCUAUCAAGGCUUCAAUCCUCAUACCGAAACCCUUCCCAAGGGGUGGAACGGCUUCAAUUCUCGCGCUCUCAGCGAAGAUUUGAUGGUGCAACAUGAUGUGGCCAUCCGUGUCCGCGAUGGUUGCACUCUCUAUUGCGACAUCUAUCGACCGGUCACCGAAGAGAAGGUCCCCGCCAUUGUCGCAUGGAGUCCUUUCGGCAAGAAGCACAAUGGAAUCAACAUGAUGAAAAAGGUUCGCUGGGGAGUUGGUGUGCCUAAUGGCUGUUUGAGUGGUCUGGAACGUUUUGAAGGACCUGAUCCAGCCGAGUACUGCCCUAAGGGAUUCGCCAUUGUCAACGUCGAUGCUCGUGGUGCUGGCGACUCCGAUGGGUCAAUCGUGAUUAUGGGUACUCAGGAGGGAGAAGACGGCCACGACGUUAUCGAAGCCUUGGCGAAGAUGGAUUGGUGCAAUGGUAACCUGGGACUCGCCGGCAACAGUCACCUCGGAAUCGUACAAUGGUUUAUUGCCGCCACCCAGCCUCCAUCCUUGAAGGCCAUCGCACCUUGGGAGGCAUGUGGCGACCUCUACCGUGAGCAGUUCGUUCGCGGAGGAGCAUGGGACAACGGUCUCUUCGAUCUUAUUACCCGUGAGACAAUUCGAGGUCGGCACGGUCUCGAAGAUUUCAAGGAGAUGUUCCGCCGCAGUCAGACUAUCAACCCAUAUUGGGCGGAUAAGCGCGCCGAGAUCAGCAAAAUUCAGAUCCCAACCUAUGUCGUGGCUUCUUAUUCCAGCUUCGUCCACACCAUGGGCUCUGUUCGUGGCUGGUUGGAUGUUAACACUGAGAAUAAAUGGCUUCGGUGGGACCCUUACCAGGAGUGGUAUGAUUUGUGGGUUGAAAAAGAAUCUCGGGAUGAACUUGCAUCUUUCUUUUCAAAGUUCCUCAAGGGAGAGGACAAUGGGUGGGAGAAGACUCCUCGGGUGCGGAUGGCAUCGCUGAAUUACGGGAACACGGCACCCGAAUACCCAAUUUUGGUCGAAGACUUCCCUUUGCCCAACACCGAAUAUCGGGAGCUCUUCUUCACGGAGGACCACACUCUUGCUUCUCAAACGCCUUUGAGACAAGCAACCCUGUCUUACAACUCUGAGAGCGGAAGUGACCCUGUUGAUUUUGUCGGUUUCACCCACAAGUUCUCGCAGAAGACUCGCUUGAUGGGAUUACCCAAGGCAGUUCUUCACAUGUCUUGUGAUGAUCUGGAUGACAUGAUCGUCUACGUCCUUAUUCGCAAGCUCGAUAAGAAUGGCAAAGAGAUGAUCAAUGUUAAUAUUCCCCUCUCGGCUGCGCCAUAUUCGAAUGUUGAUGAUAUUCCUCGGGACGAGUACAGCAACCUCACCAUCUACUAUGGCCCCACCGGUAUCCUCAGAGCAUCUCAUCGCCAGAUUGAUCGCUCGCGCUCCAUUCACAACCAAUACCCAUUCCACACUCAUUCUGAAGUGCAGAAGAUUCCUCCUGGAACCAUUGUGGAGCUCGAGAUCGGGCUGUGGGCUAUGGGUAUCGACUUUGAAGCGGGUGAAUCCUUGCGGGUACAAGUCAGUGGUGAGUAUCCUUUGAUCCAGGAGACAAAGUACGCCAAGGUGGAACUGGAGGUUCGAAACAAGGGUACUCAUAAGCUCCAUGUGGGUGGGAAAUACCCAUCUCGCAUCGUUCUUCCCUUUGUAUAA